CAGUUUGUCUUUGAUAUUUCUUGUUGAGUGAGUAUGGACGGGGACUAGCGAGUCAUAUGAGAUUUUGACGGUUGUGACUUGUGAAGUUCAUUUCUUAAAAACGUUGUAAGCAGGAAUUGUGCGAGCCUAUUUAAAUAUUUAUUACGCAAUUUUGGGAAAGCGUUGUCUUAUAAAGUGUUCAGGUCAAUUUUAUCAGACUGAAGAAUUUACGCCAGAUUAAAUUUAUAAUUUUUAUCACAACUGAAGGCUAGGUUAUAUAUGAGACUUUCUUCAGAUAUAAGAAUAACCUAGUUUUAUUCUAAUACUAUAAUUCAAUAAGAGAAUUUGUAAUAGUGUUGUACAUGCUAUAUAUACUUAUAAUUUACUAAACAAUGGUGGAAAGAUCACUUGCUUAUUCACAUAGCACAACAUUAGUGUUUAAAACCUACCCAAUCACUGAAGACUACAUAAUUUCAGAAAAGGUUUUGGGUCAGGGAAUCAAUGGUAGUGUGGUUCAAGUGAAUGACAAAAAACACGGCAAUAUAUAUGCACUCAAGGUUUUAGAAGACAACGCAAAAGCUCGUAGAGAAGUUGAAUUGCAGUGGAAAGUCAGCGGGUGUGUACACAUCGUCAAUGUUAUUGAUGUGUAUGAAAACUACUAUAAGCUACAUGGAUCCAUAAAAAAAUGUCUUCUUGUUGUUAUGGAAAUAAUGGAAGGAGGAGAAUUAUUUGCAAGAAUAUCAAACAAACCAGAAGGAUCAUUUACAGAGAGAGAAGCUGCUGAGACUAUGCAUGAAAUAUGCAUUGCAGUCAAACACCUGCAUGACUUAAACAUCGCACACAGAGACCUUAAGCCUGAAAAUCUCCUGUAUUCACGGAAUGAUGAGAAUGGUAUUUUAAAACUGACUGACUUUGGUUUCGCCAAGGAGACUUCAUCAAGAGCCAGUCUUCAGACGCCUUGCUAUACCCCUUACUAUGUCGCUCCUGAAGUGUUGGGACCUGAAAAGUAUGAUAAAAGUUGUGACAUUUGGUCAUUGGGAGUUAUAAUGUACAUAUUAUUGUGUGGUUAUCCACCAUUCUACAGUGACAAUGGUCAACCAAUCUCCCCUGGAAUGAGAAACAGGAUCAAGACUGGUUCUUACAGUUUCCCUGAUCCAGAAUGGCAGAACGUGUCCCAGGAUGCGAAGGAUCUCAUACAGGGCAUGCUGCGAGUGGAUACCAACAAACGCCUCAAUAUCAACCAAGUCAUGAACAACCAGUGGAUUGCACAAUACACCAGUGUUCCACAGACCCCACUACAUACAGGACGACUGUUGAGAGAGGGUGAGGACUUGUGGCCUGAGGUGCAGGAAGAGAUGACCCGCUCACUAGCUACCAUGCGUGUUGACUAUGACCAAGUGCACAUCAAGGCACUCAACAAUUCCAACAACCCUCUUUUGAACAAGCGACGGAAGAGGACUGUUAAGGGCACAAUAGAAGCAUCAUCGUAACUUAUUAAAGAAGUGCAGACAGCAGCAUCCAUCCCGGGUGGCAAUUGUUCGUACAGCUAUUCUAGAAAGUCUCGGAUUUCGUCUCAGCUGGCAUGCACUGAUCUUGCUUAACAGCUGAUCAUAUAAAUUAUGAUGUUAUUGUUUAUACUUUUAUAAACAUAUAGCAGAAGAGUCCUCUCAGGGUCAUUACUCUUAGUUCUGGACUGGCACAUUUAUCUCUAGUGUUGUGGUUCUCUUCAACAGACACUCUGGCUUAUAUACUAUUGAAUUGUUAUCUUGAUUUUAUUUAUUGUUCAACUUUUGAUUCUCUGUAUCAAUUUCACAACCCUUGCAGUAGUUGGUUUUUAGGAAGCAUGGUGAAAAUAUUAAUUAUAUCUCUAUUAUUAAGAGAGUUUGACAACAUUGACUCACGUUUGAGCAUUUACUUGACAUUAAAAAUUGUUACUGCUUGUUGAUAUUUGUAAUAAAUCAACGAAUAAUAUUAACCAUGAACAUAUACAUUGUAGUUUGCUAGUUAAAUAAUUAAAAAAACUUCAUAAAAUAUGUUUUUAUGCCUAUGUGCAUUCAUUCACAUUUACUUUUAGUAGAAUAAUUUUAUUGGCAGUGGUUCUUAUUAAUUGUUUGUAAAAUAUAUUUGUUACAUUACCACAGAGCAUUUAGUUUAAAAUCUGGAAGAAUUAGAACAGCAAUAAAAAACUGUUCUAUGUUUACUUAGAAACAGUUAUUAAAACCUAUUUUAAAUGUUAUCUGUGGAUAAGAAGCCAAUGCACUUUUCUUUAUUUUAUUUUAUUAGAUCAAAAGCAAUUAGGACAUAUUGUGUUAAUCUCUUAAGAUGUUGUGCAGUAAAAUUUGAACAAAUUGCUUUGUUAAUAACUAGUGCUUUUAAAUGAAUUAGGAACAUACAACUUGUUUAAUCUCUACAUAAGGAUUUGUGUCAUUUUUAUUAUCGUUUAUUGUUAUAAAUUCUGCAAAGUCCUCAUUAGCCUUUUAUAAGCAUGUACUAUUGAAGAAAAAUUCCACAAAAACAAUUAGGAUACAAACAAAGUUUUGUCAUCAGCAGUUUAAAAUAUAAAGGAGGGAAGAGAUGUCAAGUUCCUAAAAUAAACAAGACUAUAGGGUUGUUAUCAUAUUACUCUUUUGAGAAUGCCAAUCAAGUUUGAUCAAAGCUGAUGAUAAACAUAACCAAACAUAUUAAUAUAGUUAGUUUCAUGAAUAUCCAAUUUUUAAAAGUAUUUAUUUCUCAUCCUUUCUCUGAAUAGUGAGACUAUGGUUCAUUAGUGUACUGUUAUUUUGUAUUAUUGAUUUUAGUUUGUUAGCAGACCUAUUGGGAGAUUAGUAGCUACUUUUCUUUAAUCAAUGAAACUUCAUAGAUUUACCUAGGCCAGUUACCUUAAUCAUUGGAAAAAUCAUAACAAGAGAAAUAUUUAAUGCAAACUGAAAUAUGAAAGAAUAUGGGUUAAUUGAAAAAUAGAUUUUUUCUUUCAUUAAACAUAUCUCCCAGGCUUAAUUUUACAAUCCUCUUCCUUUAUGUGAAUUAGACAGAAUUAUAUGAAAUUUCUGAACAAUUUAGGUAAUAAGGAAUAUCAUAGACAACAGUAUUGUUAAUAUUAUUCACUCGUAAAUUUUCCAUGCCUCCCUUGGUUCAGUUGUAGAGUUAAUCCAUGGAAAGAUAGUUGUGUACUUGGGAGAAUGUCCUUAGUUUCUCCUAGAGAAAGGAUAUAUCCUUACAACAAUCAAUUCCCUUUCUGUAAUUUCAAAGCAUUUAUCAACAUUUUUCUUUUGACGCUUGAGUAUCUUCCUUACAAAACAGCAACACAAUUUAAAAUUUUCACAUUAGCUUAGUCUGUGAUGGAGGGAGACUUUAUGAAUAAUUAAAUAUCCAUCUCAUAUUUUGUAUUAACUCUCCCAAGAGCGUCAUUAAAACAAAGUGCACUUAAAUAAAAAAAUGCCUCUGAAUUAAAUGAUUUUUAAAUUAAUAAAGAAUGUACAUAUACAAUAAUUUUGCUAUUCAGAUAUUACAGCUGUAAGUAUGAACAUUGAGUCACUCCAUAGAUUUGAGUUAUUUUAAAUUAAGUUAUUUGUGUAAAAACUACUGUGUCAUUAGUAAAUAAUGUGUAAACUAAUUAUAUUGUCUGACAAAUGUUUAUUGGUAUUCAACAUAGCUAAGUUUUUAUCUAGAUUAAAAUCUUUUAUUAAGUGCCUGUUAGUAAAUUAAGUUUGCCAUACAAAUGUUUGUUUCAGGUUUAUUAUCAAUGCACAAAAAUAAACUAAGCAAUUUUAAAGUUGUUAACAAACAAUUUAUAAACAAAGAAUUGGUUAACAAAAUAUUUAUAAAGACUCUUGGAAAUGUUAUUUAUGAAAUGUUUCAUCUUGUUUACCAAGACAAAUAUCAAUAAGAAAUUGUUACAUGUUGAUUUUUUUUAUCAUUUACACUUUUUUCAUUUUUUCUUUAUACAUCAUUACUCUUAACAACACAUGUAACUUUACAUGUUAUAAAAUAUUCAUUUGAAUACUCUUUUUUGUGUAAAAGUUAUAAUAACUUAAAGGCAACAUUGCAAUUGGAUAAAUAGUAAUGCAUUUAUAGUUUUUUUUUUUUAAGUAUUGCACUGUGAUACCCAUCCAACCUAGACAACUUAGAUCAAGUUGAAUUACGUUUUACUGCAGACAAUUAUUGAAAUAUUUUAGGGAAUUAAUACCAGAUAUCUAGUUUAGAUUGAAAGGUUUUGGAUAAGAAAGUCUAGAAAGAUAUAUAUAUAUAUAAACGCAUUAAAUUAAUUAAAACAAUUUUCCUGCUGGGCUAUAUUUUUGUUAAGUUGUUUCAAACAGAAACUAAUGAGAUUGCUUGUCUUCACUUCCUUGUGAGCUAACGAGUACCCAGAACUGAAUGUGUUUAUAUGCUUCCAUAUCUGCUAAUUUUGAUAAUUAAGUCAUUUUCAACAUUAGUAAGUUCUCUGAUGUAGGUACAAUUUUUUAUAGAUCACGCGUAAAUUAAAUAUGUCUUCAAAAUGAAAUAAUUUUUGAAGUGUAUUGUCUUAUUUUAAAUUAUAAGAUUUUAAAGUACAGUGAAUUCCCCCAUCCGGAGGCAAACCUGGGUACUUGUGGGUUUACCAGGAUGGCUAAUUCAAUUUGAAAUAUAUAAAAAUGCAAAGAAUUUUCGUAUAUAACACAGUUAGUGGGUCCUAGAUCUGACUUUAGGAAGAUGUCAAGCCGUUAUAGCAAUAAGAGCUGACAUUUAAGGUUUUCCUUCCUUGGUAGAUUUAAAUAGUGCCAGAUUUUCAUUCUGGCUACAAGUCACUUUUUGAAAGUGGCAUUCAAUUGGUGUGUACCUGUUUUGUCUGUGGAAAAUAAAGGCAUCGUUGAUUUCACAUUUUUUAUGUUCUGUUUUGUUUCCUUGCUUGAGUUUUACAUUCAGAAAUAAUGAGAUACUAAAAAUGUCUAAAUGUGUUUCUUUUAUAAUAAUCAAUCUCAAAUUGAUCAUCUACCAUAAGCCAUUAUAAUCUAUUAUCAGGUUGUAUAUUGUUAUUGUUUGAUUAUUUUCAGUUUGGUAAUUUCAUUUUCUUGUUCCUUCAUUAUCAACACAUUUGUACAAGCAGGCUGUACAAAAAUGUGAAAUAGGGAUAAAAAAUAAAGAUGAUUAAUGUACCCUCAGCUUGGGGGCCGUUAUGGGUGGCCAUGACCGUUUUCUUUGUCAGAACGUAGCAUUAUCAACACAUCCAGCCCUCAGAUUGGCGGGCCACAUUAAGUGGCCCAUUUUAAUAUGCAGUAUUAUAUUCAAUUCUUUUCCAGACAUGUCUAAUUGCCUAUUUGGCAUCUCUUUGCCAAAUAUGGAACUUAUUAAUAAUUAACUAGCACAUACCAUAGCAAACAUCAUUUACAGUUAUUUUUGUCCGAGUGUCAAUACCACUAUAGCUGCUUAAGUGUAUCCUGUCAAUUUAUUCAAAUAUUAGUGAAUUCGGUGGAGCCUAACUUAAAAAUAUGAAAACAAGCUUAUAUUCUGUUGACAUUACAGACUUACUUGAGACUAAUUGUAUAUUUAUUUAGCAAAAUUAGUAAAACAAUAGCUUAAAUUAUAGACUAUAUGUUACUUUUAUGAGAAAAGAAUAAAUAACCAACUGAAGAAUUUUAACGUAAAGAUAUUAUACAGUGUAAGUGUUUAAAAAUUGCAUUUAAUCCCAGUCAUUUAAUGGGUUGAAGGUCAAAAUCUGCCAUUUAAAUGCAUGUCAGGUUAAUUUCGUACAUCAGUGUUCCCCAAACUUUUUGAAAUCAAGACUCCCUUUACGUUUGUACUUAUUUCCGUGGCAUCUCACCCCCUCAGCUCAUCUCAAUAGAGUUGAUGAAGAAUAACAAUAAAGUAUUGUGACCUUAUAAUUCACAUAUUCACUAUUAUUUAUUUUUAAAGAAGAACACUUUGAUUAUAUUAUUGUUAGACUUGGAAUCGUACAAGUAAAUAUAUAGAGGGAAAUAAGAAAAUGAAAAAGCGUUUAAUAUUCUUUAAAUAAUUUUAUGAUUGCUUCACAAAAAUUACAGUUUAAUUAGACAGAUUAAUUUACUCAAAUUCAUCACAGUUCGUAAUAUUCAUUUUAAGUUUCACACAAGCCCAUCAGACUUUGCCAAGUCUGUGUGAAGGGUGAGAUAUUUUCUUUUAAUUAGUAAAUCAAAAUCUGGACUUAUGUUCAAAACUGCAACACUCUUCUUUUUCAAUUUUUAAAUUUAGUCUGUAUUUUGAUUUGAUGUCUGCCAUGGCUGAGAAGCCUGCCUAACAAAGGUGGGGAGUAGCAAAGGGUGUCAACACAAACAACGCUUUUCUGGCAAUUUGCGGGUUAACUUUUUUCGACGUUACACCAAAACUAUAGCAAUGAACUCGUUUUGAAUGUAGUUUUUAAUGAAGUAUCUGUUGGAAUUCAACCAGUUGUUCACUCUCUUUAACGUUUAGAUGCAUUUCUUUGUUAAAUGGAUUUGAUACCCAUAUUAUAGAGUUUGCAUCGUUGAUAGGUAUAUUCAUCAAAAUACACUCAGUUUGGAAAGAUCUUUCUUAAAAAAACCUGUUUCAGGACAGAGAAUCUAGUGCAUUUACCUUUAGCCAUGGCAGCAUUCCACAAAUCGAGUUUCUUUUAAAAUCUUCCACUUUGUCUGACAGGUUUAAGAUGUUUGUAUUUUUUUCUUGCAAUUACUUAGUAUCUUCAACUUUGUAAACAAUUCAAUAAGAAAAGCUAUCUUCGACGGAAAGUGUUUAUGCAUAAAUUUACUGGCAACCGGUUAAUAUCCUUCUGGUAAACAUAUAUUUUGUUUCUCAGCUCAAACACCCUAGAGAGGAGGUUAUCAAGAGACAACGAACAAGAACUACUGUAGAAUAAAACAUGAGUGAUCACAUCCUAUGUCUUUAUACAUUUGUUAAAAAGAUCUUACUUUUUAGGAGUGUUUUUAAUGUGGUAGAUUUCACCAACAAACAAUUUUAAGUAUAUCGUGCAGUUCCUUAAUGAGAUGUUCAGCAGCUAAUGCUUCUCUAUGGAUCAUGCAAUGGAUCCAAAUUGCAAUGGUCGCUUUCGCUCGAAUGGAGCUUGAAAUCCCAUUUUCGACCCGUCAUUGAACUGCCACUAUCAGCAGACUAUAUGUUGUAAAAAAUUUUUGGCAGUCAAAGUCAUGCUUAUUGGCUUGUCUGGGUGGAGUGAUGUGUAUCGUCAAGGCAACAUUUUCCAAGAAAUAUUGGUGAGUCCGCCUGCGAGUAAUCUCACCAAAACUUUAUUCAUGCAAUGGCGUAGCCAUCUCUUUUGUUUCUGCUUAAUUGUCUUAUCAUAAAAGUAAUUUAUGGAGCUGUAGAUUUAUUAAUGGUAAUUAAAUAAUCCGAUAUGACAAUAUAAAUGUAGUGUACCAUGAAGGUAACAAAUAUAUAUUUUUAAUUUUUCACACAAUAUGAUAUUUUCUCUUAAUCACUGUUGCUCAACCACGGUACCCAUGGCAGAAUUUCGAGGUGCUCCAGGGUGCCGCAGCACACACUUAAAGAAAGCCUGGCGUAUAUGGCAACUACCCUUGACCUGCCAGCUGAGAGAACAACUUAUCUAUGAUUUCACAGAGACCAUUAAGAGGCAAAUUUAGUGGCCUACUGAGGCCAAAGGGUUAAGGAUUCAAGUUGAAAUCAGAUAUUGUUGCUUGCCAUGUAUAAGAUAUUUGUGAUGAUGAGUGCUCAUAGCAGCUGUAGUGACAAAAAAGUAAAGAAAACCUAAGUAUUAAGUCUUUUACUAAAUCAGUUUUCUGAAAAAUCUGAGAUUCCAUGAAAAGUCUUGUUUUAUUAAAAGCCUAAAAUACUAAUAUCUCUUAAGUGAUUAAAUUUCAAUGCUUUGUAUACCUCACGUCUAAAUAAAUUGCAACUUUUAAAUUAUCAUUUAAGUAAAACUUAUAACUAUUAGUUAUAAGUAUAGCAUAACAGAAGACAAAAAUAUCCUCUAAAAAGGGCUUGAAACUUGCCUUUUUUUUGUAUUAUUUUAUCCCCUUUCCCUCAUUAGUGGCAACUCUCCCCAUACUUGAUCACUAGAUACACUUAUGCUUGUACUACAUGUGUAUUUAUUUUAACAAGACCUUAGAACAACGAAAGAUUUAAUUAUCUGUGUACAUAGAUCCUCAUUUUCCGGAUGACUAGAAGUUGGUAUUGCACUAAAUCUCAAACAAACAUUAUGUGGUAUAAAAAUAUGAAAGUGUAGAAAAAUCCUAUUCACAGCAAAUUUUCCUACCACAGUGAAGUGAAUAAUGAAAAUUGUAUGUAAUAUAAUAGAUUGAAUUAGUCAAAUACAAUCUACUUUUGCUAUGAAGAACUGUUUAACGAUGGAUUAUUCAUAAUAAAUAUUUAUGUUCAAACGAGAUUCAAUAAAAUUUAUAUUGACCAUUAAUUUAGUGGAUAUCUUAUUCCCUGGAUAUAUUAUACCUGCUCUGUUUAAAAGUCAAAAUAACAAUAUAUUUUAUGAUCUAAUGGAAUCCUCUGUUUUUAGGGUUCACAUGUUUAUUGUAUUUUAAAUUGUAAUACAAAUAUUUACAGUAUCACUGUUAAUAAAUAAUGUGUGUUGUAAGUUGGGGAAAUUUACCUUACUUCUUUUUUUUAAUCAGCCAUGUAAAUUUUUGUCUAGCUUUCCUGUUUCAUUAACUUCCAUAAUUUUUAUCAUCAAAUAAAUGUAAUGUAAAUAGUUUAAUUAUUUGCUCACAUUGUUCAGUUCUUAUUUGUUAACAAUUAAACAUAAUUUACUUUA